AUGUCCAUCGAGUCUCCACCGGCUUCUCUCACGUUUCUUCUCACAGCACGAAACCAGAGCUCCCAAGGCCAAAUGCAUAAUCGCAACCUUCAGUAUGCCAGGACCAGGGGAGGGCGUACAAUGUCCGCUCUCACUGCAACUUACCAGUCCGGCGGCCGGGCCUGUAAUGAUCAGAACCCAGCGCACCACGUCCACAGAAUAUCAACCUCGAAACUCCAGACAACGCGGUUCGUGCCGCCCGCACAGGCCCGCGUGGUCGACUAA